CAAAGAGCUCUGAAGGUAUAUAUGAACACUUUUUAUGGGAAAGCUGGAAACUCAUUAUCUCCUAUCUUUCUUCGUGCAUUAGCUGGAGGAACUAUUUCAGCAGGAAAAUACAACCUUAAUCUUGUCACAAAAUUUGUAACGAAGAAAGGGUUUGGGAUAAAAUAUGGAGAUACCGAUUCUUUAUAUCUCACCUGCCCAGAAAAGUAUUACAAAAAAUGUGAUGAAGCCUUCUCCAGAAAAGAACUUUCUAAGGAAGCAUACUGGACUGAAAUGGUUGAAAUCACUAUGAAUAUGGCAUACGAAGAGGUAUUAUUUCCCGUCUGCUUCACCGGCAAGAAAAAAUAUUUCAGUGUAUCACAUGAAGAGGUGGUCAAUUCUAGGUUAGAUAAUCUCUUUAUGAGAGGAAUUGAUACUAUGAAGCAAGGGAAUUCUGAGCUUUUUAGAUUUAUCAGAGAAAAGAUUAUGUGGGAGGCUAUGGGUAUCAAUAACACACAUUCAAUUCACGAAAUUGUUGAAGAUGUUCUCCGAGAUGCUAGAUUUAGGCAGUGGGAUUUUAACCAGUUUGUUAUAAUAUCUAAAUGGAAGGCUAAAGGAGGCCUCGCAUGCAAUAAAAUCUUUAUAGAACAGAUGAGAGAAAGAAUAGCAAGCAGAGAAAAAAAUAUAAAGAUCUCUGACUCUGGCGAGCAGUUUAGCUAUAUUGUAGUGAACAAUGGUUUCCGCUAUAAAGAAGAUGGUACGAAAUCAACAAGGAAGGGCAAUUAUAUGGAGUUCGCAAAUAUUGCGAAAGAGUUUAAUAUGGAGAUAGAUAUCAGGUACUAUUUAGAACAAACUAUAAGGAUGUACGCACGCUUCAUGAAUGAAGAUGAUAGUUUUCAACCACCCCUAUCAAAUAAAAUAAUGCAGAUUAAAGAUUUGGACAAAAGAGAAAAGGAUAUCGAUGAUUAUUCCCAGAAAAAAGCAAAAAACUGGCUUAUAAGAUAUAUCAAGAGCCUUCAAUAA